AUGGCUGGAGUGAAAUCUCAUGCCACAGUUGAGGCUGCUCCUUUGAAAUCAUGUAUAGUGGUGAAAGAAGGAUCAAGUUAUUCAGAGAAAGUAUCACAAUACCUGGAGUCAUCGUGUGGACAAAACGGACAGGGUGGGGUAUCUGUUGAAACUGUGGAAGAAGACAGGUAUGAGUGAGACAAAUUCUCCAUGAUCAUUAAAGUGAAAAAAUCUCCAAACUUACUGUUGCAUGUGUUUUGUUUCUCUGUAGUAGUGACUCGGGGGACAGCCUGUUCAUAACGCAGAAACCUGUACCUAUACCUGUGAGGUCAACAAGAGGCCGCCCUAACCUGAGGUCAGACACCAGACCUCCCAGAGAUCUAGAUGAGGAUGAAGAUGACUCUUCGUCAUCCUCUUCUCCUGAGAGGAGAUUUGAGAUACCUGCAACUCAGAAAGAGAAGAGGAUGAAAACAAAACUGCCAGAGUACAGUUUUCCUUUCCUGACAGGGAAGCGGUACAGACGCAGUGGCAGAGGCACACGAGAGCAGAACAGAGGCCUUCAUGUAAGGCUGAAAUACUCUCUGAAUUAAUAUUUUGUUGUUGUUGUAAUGGUUUUUUUAAUGUUAUACUGUCUUUUCUUGACAGAAUGCUGGGAUUGCGGGCUUCUUCAGAGAGAUGUGGGAGGCUCAUAAAAGGGGAGAAGAUGUGGAGUUAUCUUUACCGACUGUGGACACAGAUGGGGAGGAUAUAUCGCCAUUGUCAGAGUGAGUGAAUAUGAAUCAGGUUUAAUUCAAGGUAAAAGCUAUUUGUUUAAAGGGUAGCCUGGAUCCAUGAAAAACAUCAUUAUUUCUCAAACAAUAAUUUAAAAAGUGUUUAACUUUUGUGGAGCCACGCAGUUGAGAGAACCUUGCUGGAGUACGCCAGGUUCUCUCUGGAAAAAUUAUUGACUUGAUGGCAGCAUAUGUUGAUCCAAAACCUGUGUAUAACUUUAAGCAUUGAUAAUGCUAAGCCACAAAUGUCAUGGGCACUUAUACAUCCCCAUACCAUCAAAUCUUUUGAACUUGAACUGAUCACAAGUCAGGUGGUUCCUCUCCUUUGCAGAGGUGCCCAUGAUAUCCUAAAAGAAAGUCAAAUUUUGAUUUGACAGAUCACAGGACAAUUUUUCCAUGAUGCCUCAGUCCAUUUUAGACAAACUCAGACCAGAGAAGUCACCAGGAUUUCUGGAUCAGUUUUAUUUAUAAACUUGUGCAUGAUGCAGUUUUAACUAUGGAUGGACUGAUUGAUUUGUUGAUUGAUUAAAGGCAUUUUGACCUCUUCUGCCUCACAAGGCCAAUAUCACCGUUAUCUUUUCUGAAUGAAAACACAUCUUUCCAAUCACCCACAAACAGCAUCUCAAAUCCAGAACAGUCACUGACUGGUGUUUUAAUAUUGUAUUGUAUUAUAAUGUUUAGUAUUGGCAGCAGUAUUAGCCAUGUUUUACAAAUUUAAACAUAACCCAGUAUCUGUCUAUGUAUUGAUUCAUUGAAAAAUUCAUCUGAAUAUUUACCAAGUAGUUACUAAAGUUCAGCAGUUCUUUUUUAAAUAUGUUAGUACAAUUAAAUUGUUGUGUUUUGUCAAAUGUAAAAAAAAAAAAAAAAAAAACAAGCAACAGAAAAAGGACAAAAACAACACAAAGUGAAAUUGGCCAUAUACGUCACCCUUAGGCUGGCUUGCCCUCUCAUAAUCAGUCAACCGCUAGUUUAAAACUUCAUUUCUGGAUGCAGCAGUGCGCUGUGUUCAAAGAGAAAGUGUUUUGGAAGUGAUUUUGAGCUUAUGCAGAAAUUUCCACUCCAGAGUCAUUUCUGUCUUUAAUGCAGAGCAAUCUAAGGGCCAUCUUAUAUUAGUUUUUGGCCAUGCUCCUUUUUGUACAGCGAUUUCUACAGAUUUGGUCGAUCUCCAAAUUCUCUGCAAUGUGAUGCUGAGAAACAUUAUUCUGAAAUUGUUGAAACUUCGUCUCACAGAGUGGUGAAACUCUUCCUAGCUUUACUUCAGAGACACUUGAUUCCAUAGCAAUGUCAUUGUUUACACUCAGCCAUGUAAAUAACAUGUUACAGAUAAAUGUGGGUAGCUGGGGGCUGUGACUCCAGGUUAUUUAUUUUGGCAUUUGCACAACUUUUCUAAAGUUUUCUUGCCUCUGUCUCAACCCUUCUGAAACAUGUUACUUGCACCAUGUUUAAAACGAGAAUAUAUUUUCCAUCACAUAAGCACAUCUUUUCAGUUUCAACAUAUUAUAUGUAGUUAAUGCAGAAGGUUUGAUUAAAUGUAGGGUGAUCAACACAUUAAAUUGCAUUUUAACAAUUUUUUAAAUUGAGAAUGUUGUAUUUUGAUACAUUCAUUUAAAAGCAGAGGUUUUAACUAACAAUGAAACAGAAACCAACACCACUAACUGCUGCAAGUAAAACCAGCUUCUUGUAGUGUGGCCAAAUUACCACAAAAUUAGAGCUCCUCAUAGAUGUUUUAAGAUGAUUUAGUCCCUCUUAUCUAUUUCAUUUAUUGCCUUUUAGAAAACAGUUCAACUGACCCUACAGGUCUAUUCGACAUUUUAUGAUUAUUUUAAUGAGGGUUUGGGUUAACCAUAGACUGUUUAUAGCAUGGACGCCGUCAGCCUCCUCACUGGGUGAAGCCACCCCGAGAACAGCACACUCUGGUGUCAGGCUGCAGUAUAGGUCAUGAAUUCCGCCUCCUCCAGCAAUCCCUAUGGAGCUGAGGACAAACUUGAGAAAUAAAGUACAGAGAAUAUAAAAUUUUCUCCCCCCUGCUUGUGAUGUCGACAUGUAGUUACUGUCAGACUGGUUUGUGCUCAAGUCCUCUUUUUUCUGUACAGCUCCAUUUUUAAAAAAUGUUUUUUCUAUGAUUGACACUUGAUACAGCCUAUGGGCGUACGAAGAUUGCAUAGCUCACCUGGGGGAUAAGCUGUUUGAGUUGAGCUUCAUCGUAGUGACUCUCCCGCCGAAUGCGCACAACGCUACUGCGCAAGUGGUGGAGUGUGUACAACGCUACUGCGCAAUGUUAGCUUCAGGAAGUGGAGAAAAAAAUGCAGAAUUACUGAGAGCUUUUCAGCUUCAAAUCCGUAUACUGGCUGAAGGUGGAACAAAGUUGUCCAUAAUAUAUACAGUCUAUAGGGUUAACAUGCAAGAUACGAUAGUUCUGGUCUAUUGAAGUGAUUGAUAAUGAAUCUUAUUUUCUGUUGUAGAGAAGAGGAAGAAAGGUCAGAAGAUGAGGACAUCAAAGUUGUAGUGGGUAUCUGUUUUUACAAAGAAUCUUGUAUUUCAUGGCAUAUUACUUUGCUCUUAAACUGUUUGUCAUCCUACAGGAGAGGAAAGUCUUUGCAGUGCCACUAAAAAUUAAGAACCAGCAAACCUGGUGCGAUCAUUUAAAGCAGAAAAGUAUUAGAAAAGCAGCAGAUGCCAGACAAGAACGCUCACAAGGAGAACAACGCAAGGCAUUCAAUGAGAAACAAGCCGAGGCAAAUACAUCAAGGAACAUCGAGGAGGAGGAUGAGGAAGAAGUGGUGCCAAGAAAUAUAGAGUCUUCUUCUGAGCAACCUGAAACAUUGGGUACAGACAGGGUUCAGGAAGGAGGACAGGAGGAGGAAGACACUUCACACUUACAACAAAAGAUGAUCAGGAGAACCACGCAGGAGGUGAUUGAAAACUCAGAAUCUGAUCUUGGAUCGGAGGAUUCAGCUUCUUCUAAUGCAGAAAAGGUUGUCAAGGAGAAGAAGAAAAGGAAAAGUAUUGAGGAAGACGAGGAGCAGCCACAAUCCAGUGAGAAAGCUAAAAAUAAGACAAAAGGGAAAAGAGAAGAUGAGAUUGUAAGAUCAGAGGAGAGGCGAGAAGAGGGAGAAGAGUCUACAGCAACUUCUCAAGAAAUGCGCAUAUCCCAUUUCAUUCAGAGAAACAAGCCCCUGUCAUUUUCUGAUGAUGCAACUUAUGAAGAAGAGAGUGAAGGUGCAAGCUCUUUUGUAGCUUUGGAUGAACAUAUGGAGAGGUCACCAAAACAGAGAAAGACGAGGAUGAGAACUGACUCUGAAGAAGUGGAUAACUCUCUGGAUCUUUUUGGAAAUGAAAAUGUUGAAAACACAGAUGACACUCAGAGAAAAGCAGAAGAUGAUCAAAUGGCGACAAAGAAAAAGACGAAAGAAGGGCUAGAAAGUGAGAGUUUCAGCGACAAAAAAGCUGAACUUGAUGCUGCACGAGGUGAUGAUUCAGCGUCUGUCCAGCAAAGGAAGAGGAGCUCAUCCUUCCUCGGUGCUGAUGCAGAGUCUUUACAGUCUGUGGAAACUCCUGUUGAUGGAGCAGGACGACCCGGAGAUACUGCUGGACAUUUAGACACAGAAUCAGCAGAAAUGUACAGAAAUGAGGAAGAGUGUGUAGAAGAGGUCAGAAAAGGGGAGAAUAGAGAGAGGUUAGAAAUUCAGGACAGGGGGGACAAAGAUCAGGAGCAGGAGUUUGGAGAACCAAACACAACCUGUCACACUGCUCCAUCUGAAAGAACUGCACCAGAGCAGGAAGGGAUGGGUAAGGGUUCAGAAAGUAAUACUGAGUCACUGAGGACAGUAGAAAGUGUGGAAAGUACUGUAGAUGCAAGGCUUCCUUCAACAGAUGAAAGUUUGGUGUUAAAAGAGAAGAAGAAGAAGAGAAAAAAGAAGAACACGUUAGAAUUUCAGGACAGGGUGGACACAGAUCAGGAGCAGGAGUUUGGAGAACCAAACACAACUUGUCUGAGGAUAAGUAAGCGUUCAGGACGUGAUACUGAUUCACUGAGGACUGUAGAAAUUGUUGCAAAUGCAGGACUUUCUUCAACAGAUGAAGCUGUUGUGUUAAAAAAGAAGAAAAAGAAAAAGAGGGAGAUGUUAGAAAUUCAGGAUGGGGUGGACAAGGAGCAGGGGUUUGGAGAACCCAUCACAACCUGUAUGAGUGCUUCACCUGGAAGAACUGCGCCAGAGCUGAAGGGGAUAGGUGAGCGUUUAGGAAGUGAUACUGAGUCACUGCGUGCAAUUGAAAGUAUAGAAAGUUCUAUAGAUGUAGGACUCCAUUCAACAGAUGGUAGUGUGGUGUUAAACAAGAAAAAAAAGAAAAGGAAAAAGAGGGAGAUGUUAGAUAUUCAGGAUGGGGUGGAAGAGGAGCGGGAGUUUGGAGAACUAAACACAACCUGUCUGAGUGCUUCACCUGUAAGAACUGAACCAGAGGUGAAGGGGAAAAGUAAGGGUUCAGGGAGUUAUACUGGGUCACUGAGGACAGUAGAAAGUGUAAAAAGUGCUUUAGAUGCAGGACUCUCUUCAACCGAUGAAGCCGUGGUGUUAAAAAAGAAGAAGAAAAAGAAAAAGAGGGAGAUGUUAGAAAUUCAGGAUAGUGUGAACAAGGAACAGGCGCAGGAGUUUGAAGAACCAAAUGCAACCUGUCUGAAGUCUUCACCUGAGAGAACAGCACCAGAGCAGAAGGGGAAAAGUAUGCGUUCAGGUAGUGAUCCUGGGUCACCAACGACAGUUAAAAGUGUAGAAAGUGUUGUAGAUGCAGGACUCCCUUCAACAGAUGAUAGUGUGGUGUUAAACGAGAAAAAAAAGAAGAGAAAAAAGAGAAAGAUGUUAGAUAUUCAGGAUGGUGUGAACAAGGAACAGGAGCAGGAGUUUGGAGAAGCAAACACAACCUGUCUGAAGUCUUCACCUGAAAGAACCGAGGCAGAGCUGAAGAGGAUGAGUAAGUGUUCAGGAAGUGAUCCUGGGUCACCAACGACAGUAAAAAGUGUAGUAAGUGUUGUAGAUGCAGGACUCCCUUCAACAGAUGAUAGUGUGGUGUUAAACGAGAAAAAAAAGAAGAGAAAAAAGAGGAAGAUGUUAGAUAUUCAGGAUAGGGUGGACAAAGAUCAGGAGCAGGAGUUUAGAAAACCAAAAACAACCUGUCUGAUUGCUUCACCUGAGAGAACUGAGGCAGAGCUGAGGAGGAUAAGUAAGCGUUUAGGAAGUUAUACUGAGUCAGUGAGGACAGAGAGUGUAGAAAGUGUUGUAGAUGCAGGAAUCCCUUCAACAGAUGAAGCUGUUGUGUUAAAAAAGAAGAAGAAAAAGAGGGAGAUUUCAGAAAUUCAGGAUGGGGUGGACAAGAAUCAGGAGCAGGAGUUUGGAGAACAAAACACAACCUGUUACACUGCUUUGCACGAAAGAUCUGAGCCAGAGCAGAAGGGGAUAAGUAAGCGUUCACGUAGUGAUACUGGGUCACUGAGGACAGAAGAAAGUGUAAAAAGUGCUGAAGAUGCAGGACCUCCUUCAACAGAUGAACCUGUUGUUUUAAAAAAGAAGAAAAAAGAAAAAGAGGGAGAUGUUAGAAAUUCAGGAUGGUGUGGACAAAGAUCUGGAGCAGGAGUUUGGAGAGCCAAACACAACCUGUCUGAGUGUUUCACAUGA